UUCGACCACCCUCUCCCAAAUUCGAAAUGGAUAGCCGUUGCCUGUAACAAAGUAACCUGUGACUUAAAAAACACCCAAUUCCUCUGUUACAUUUCUUGCAAUCUUACCUAUAAAAAGUUACAGGUUGAGACUUUGUUACCUGUAACAUUUCUCCCCUAAAAACAGACUGGUUUAUUUGACGCAAAAUGUGGGCAGAAACUUUUGAUCAUGGGCAGUUGGUUUGGGAAUCUUUACUGAUAUUCACUGAGUGUCUGAGAUGGUUUAUUUCUUGAAUCCGUAUUUUAGUAUUACUUCAUGUGAAAUUGUAUCAAAUUGCUGAAGAGGGUCUCUUGGAAAGAGAACUACAAUGUAUAGAGGUGGUCUUGAUAGAUUUAAGAAAGCCCAGUCCUUGGAGCCGUUUUCGGUGACAGUUAAUUCUGCUUCGAAAGCAGCUGCCCAGCCUCUGGUCCCGUCACUUCAGCCCCAGAACCCGCAGGCACUACCACAGCAGCAAAACCAUAGUUUUUCAAAACCUGCAGGUCUAGAACCAGCCCCAGCGGUAGUGCCAAUUACACAGCUUGGAGGGGGACAAUCUACUUGGCAGCCUCCCGAUUGGGCGAUUGAGCCCCGUCCGGGUGUUUACUAUCUUGAGGUCUUAAAAGAUGGUGAAGUCAUCGGCCAGAUCAAUCUCGAUAAACGGCGGCAUAUUUUUGGGAGGCAGUUUCCAGUGUGUGAUUUCGUGCUUGAUCAUCAGUCAGUUUCACGCCAGCAUGCUGCUGUUGUUCCCCACAAGAAUGGAAGCGUAUUUGUAAUAGAUUUGGGGUCAGCACAUGGUACGUUUGUUGCAAAUGAGCGGCUGACGAAAGAAAACCCGGUUGAGCUUGAAGUCGGACAGUCGCUGAGAUUUGCUGCAUCGACCAGAAGUUACAUUCUAAGAAAGAACACAGCUGCUCUUUUCCCCACCCCUCCACGCCCCACCGAAAUUAAUCUACCUUCCCCUCCAGACCCUUCCGAUGAAGAAGCCGUUCUAGCAUAUAACACAAUUCUCAACCGUUUUGGUCUGAGCAAAUCUGACAUAUUGUCCAAAUCUGGAAAAGAUUCUGGAAGUUCAUCGAGCGAAACGGACGGCAGCCAGCAGCCGGAGAGGCCCACUAAGAGACUGAAGAAAACAAGGGUGGCUUUCAGAGACCAGGUGGGCGGUGAGUUGGUUGAGGUAGUUGGAAUUUCAGACGGUGCUGACGUUGAAACUGAACCCGGUCCGGUUGGUGUAAAAGAAGGCAGUCUUGUUGGGAAAUAUGAAUCCCUUGUACAAACCACAGUAAUACCCAAAGGGAAAGAAGCAACAAUCCCUCCUAAGGAAGACAGUAUUUCCCCGAAAGGGGUGACAGAUAAACUACAACAAGUUUUGAACAAGGUCAAAGGCACUCCAAAGGGCAGUAUUUAUGAUGACCUAUAUGGAGAUGCCGUUCCCGUCAAAGUCGGGUCUUCUUGGGCCUAUGCAUCGGGUGAGCCUGGGGAAGAUCAAGCUGGUUUAACAAAAGGUACUGAAGGGAAGUCCCUUGACGCCUCUGGAGAGAAACUUGAUACUGGUUUGGGAUAUGACAAUGAUGAUUUGUUUGGAUGAAGUGCAAGAAGCCCGUGAACGACUGGACUAUCCAUCCUCCCAUUUGAGCAGUUGCUUAUCUAUGGUUGGAAGGUAUUGCUUGGGGGAGGUAUGUACUCUGUCCUGCUAUAUACAUGAGAAAUUUUGUUGUAAUUCCUCAUUAUUUUGUUUUUUCUUUCUUCCAUGGGUUGAUUUGCCAAAAAGAUACAUUGCUGAAAUCUUGGUGAUGGUUAUUUGUUUUUGGCUCCAAAGUUAAAAUGGCAUGCCUUUUCCCCCUCAA